GGAACAUCUAAAUAUCUACUAUUGACACAUUUGGUGAUGCAAAUAUUUAUACAGCUUAGACUCUUCCUAUCCGAAAAGCAACAAGCAAACAAGAAGCUGAAGAUGUUGACAGCUUUCAUUAUUAUGUGUCCUUGAAUGCCUUAUCAUAUUUGGGAUGAUCUUGUGGGUAGUAAAAGGUGACUGCACAUGCCUGGUGACUGUUGGUUUGACCCAAUUAGUUUUGUUUUUUAUACUAGCAAAACACACAUCCCAAGGUUUCUAUAAAAUGUGUGGUGUCACAUUUGCAGCAGUGCUGUUGCUAAUAUUUGCAUUUUGCUAUUUAGAAAACCUAGAAAAAGAUAUCAUUGAUAACAUAAUGACUGAUUAUCAGAACCUUGCCAAUGCCUUUGUGAGUUAUGACUAUCACUACCUGUGGAAGGAAGGACAAAUUGAGCCUCUGCUGUUAACAGAUAUUAUCCUGCAGAUAUUUAAUAUAUUUUUGGCUUUCUUCUUGCUAGAAAACCCAAAUGUAAGAAGGAAGCUGACGGUAUCUACAAUUUCUUUAAUAUGUGUUCAUGAGUUUUUCAUUAUAAUUGGGAUUGUCAUAUGGAAUAAGAAAGGUGACAUUUCACUGAUCCUGAUUGCUGUUUUGAUUCAAGCAAUUGCAUUUAUUCUUGUGCUAGUGCAAGCAAUGUUACAAGGUUAUUAUAAAACGUCAUUGACUGUUUUUGCUGUGGUGGUGAUUCCAGCUGUCCUUGCUUAUGCAGAUAUCCUUGACAAAGGUUUACUGCUGAGUCAUUAUGAAAUUCUUGCUAAAAUCGUCCAUAAUUGCACUGAGCAGUUCCUUUGGAUUAAAGGUCUCCUAAUCGACAACUGGACUUCUUCUCAGACAUUUAUAUAUGCUUUCUUUAAUGAUGUUAACAACUUUCCUGGGAUUUUAGGAGCAAACGGAUGCCCAGUACUUGCAGGUUUUGUGUUGUAUUUAUGUAUGCAGUUCUGUCUCAUCAUGACUAAGAUAUUGCACGGUAAUCCUUAAAACUUUUUUUCAUCA